GCGUGUGUGAAGUCAGGGACAUGCACUGGGCUCUGGUAGCGCAUCGUGAACAGCGAGACGUCAACCUGAGCUCCCUGAGGAUGCUGGUGGUGGCCGACGGUUCCAACCCCUGGUCGAUUUCCUCCUGUGACGCCUUCCUCAACGUCUUCCAGACUAAAGGUUUGAAGCCGGAGGUCAUCUGUCCCUGCGCCAGCUCCCCCGAGGCUCUGACUGUAGCUAUAAGGAGACCGGUGGAGGACGGCAGCACUCCUCCUGCUCGUGGUGUUCUGUCCAUGCAGGGUCUGAGUCACGGUGUGAUCCGGGUCGACUCCGAGGAGAAGCUGUCGGUCCUCACGCUGCAGGACGUCGGCUCCGUCAUGCCCGGAGCGAUGGUGUGUGUGGUGAGGCCUGAAGGAGUUCCUCAGCUCGGCAAAACCGACGAGAUCGGCGAGUUGUGCGUUUGCACCGUCGCCACGGGAACCUCCUACUACGGCCUGGCCGGCAUGACCAAGAACACGUUUGAGGUCUUCCCCAUGACUAACAACGGCGCUCCCAUCAGUGAGUUUCCCUUCACCAGGACCGGCCUGCUGGGGUUCAUCAGACCCGGAGGUGUGAUCUAUGUGGCGGGGAAGAUGGACGGACUGAUGGUUGUCGGAGGUCGGCGGCACAACGCUGACGACAUCGUUGCCACGGCGCUCGCUGUGGAGCCGAUGAAGUUCGUCUACAGGGGAAGGAUAGCAGUGUUCUCCAUCACGGUGCUUCAUGAUGAGAGGAUCGUAGUCGUUGCAGAGCAGCGGCCCGACUCCACCGAGGAGGACAGCUUCCAGUGGAUGAGCCGAGUGCUGCAGGCGAUAGACGGUAUCCACCAGGUCGGUGUCUACUGCCUGGCUCUGGUUCCCUCCAACACUCUGCCCAAAACUCCCCUGGGUGGCAUCCACCUAUCAGAGACCAAGCAGCUGUUCCUGGAGGGGGCGCUGCACCCCUGCAACGUGCUCAUGUGUCCCCACACCUGCGUCACCAACCUGCCCAAACCCAGACAGAAACAACCGGAGAUCGGUCCUGCGUCCGUGAUGGUGGGUAAUCUGGUUUCGGGAAAGAGGAUCGCUCAGGCCAGCGGCAGAGAUCUGGGUCAGAUCGAGGACAAUGACCAGGCAAGGAAGUUCCUCUUCCUGUCCGAGGUGCUGCAGUGGAGAGCUCAGACGACUCCAGACCACGUCCUCUACACACUGCUCAACUCCAGGGGAACGAUAGCCAGCUCUCUGACGUGUGUUCAGCUCCAUAAGAGAGCAGAGAAGAUCGCCGGCAUGCUGGCUGAACGAGGCCACCUGCAGGACGGAGAACACGUAGCGCUGGUUUAUCCUCCAGGUAUCGACCUCAUCGUGGCGUUUUACGGCUGCCUCUACGCCGGCUGCGUGCCGAUCACGGUGCGGCCGCCUCAUCCUCAGAACAUCGCCACCACACUGCCCACCGUCAAGAUGAUCGUGGAGGUGAGCCGCUCCGUGUGUGUGAUGACCACGCAGCUCAUCUCUAAACUGCUGAGGUCAAAGGAAGCUUCUGCUGCCGUAGACGUCCGAACGUGGCCGCCUGUUAUGGAUACAGAUGACUUGCCAAAGAAGAAACCUCCUCUGCUGUAUAAACCGUCCAACCCCGACACACUGGCCUACCUGGACUUCAGCGUCUCCACCACUGGCAUGCUCGCUGGAGUCAAGAUGUCUCACACAGCCACCAGUGCCUUCUGCCGCUCCAUCAAGCUGCAGUGUGAGCUUUACCCGUCCAGAGAGGUCGCCAUCUGCCUCGACCCGUACUGCGGCCUCGGCUUCGUCCUCUGGUGCCUUUGCAGUGUGUACUCAGGUCACCAGUCCAUCCUGAUCCCUCCGUCCGAGCUGGAGGUGAACCCGGCUCUCUGGCUGUCGGCCGUCAGUCAGUACAAAGUCCGCGACACGUUCUGCUCCUACAGCGUCAUGGAGCUCUGCACCAAAGGCCUGGGCCUGCAGACCGACGCGCUGAAGGCUCGAGGGUUGGACUUGUCUCGGGUGAGGACCUGCGUCGUCGUGGCGGAGGAACGUCCCAGAAUAGCGCUGACUCAGUCCUUCUCCAAACUCUUCAAGGACCUGGGUCUGCACCCUCGAGCCGUCAGCACCUCGUUCGGCUGCAGGGUGAACCUGGCCAUCUGCCUGCAGCCGUACAGGCUGGGAAAGCUUGCCGACCAGGCAGCAGUUAUGGCCCGAGUGAGAUUAGUAGAGAGAGGAUCUCCCCACAGUCUGCCUCUCAUGGAGUCUGGGAAGAUCCUGCCGGGGGUUCGGAUCAUCAUCGCUAACCCAGAGACGAAGGGACCAAUGGGAGAGUCACAUCUAGGAGAGAUCUGGGUUCACAGCGGUCACAACGCCAGCGGUUACUUCACGGUGUACGGAGACGAGGCGCUGCAGUCGGACCACUUCAACUCCCGCCUCAGCUUCGGAGACACGCAGACCGUCUGGGCUCGGACCGGAUACCUGGGCUUCCUCCGCAGGACCGAGCUCACCGACGCCAGCGGUGAGCGUCAUGACGCCCUCUACGUGGUCGGAGCUCUGGAGGAAGCGAUGGAGUUGAGAGGAAUGCGUUAUCAUCCCAUCGACAUCGAGACCUCCGUCAUCAGGACGCACAAGAGCAUCACGGAAUGCGCCGUGUUCACGUGGACCAACCUGCUGGUCGUGGUGGUGGAGCUGGACGGCUCGGAGCAGGAAGCGCUGGACCUGGUUCCCUUGGUAACCAACGUGGUGCUGGAGGAGCACUACCUGAUCGUCGGCGUCGUGGUGGUCGUCGACAUCGGCGUCAUCCCCAUCAACUCCCGCGGCGAGAAGCAGCGGAUGCACCUGCGCGACGGUUUCCUGGCCGACCAGCUCGACCCCAUCUACGUGGCGUAUAACAUGUAG